AUGAUGCUUGGAAACAGUGGGACAGAUGACGACAUUUCCUUGCUGAAGAGGGCGGAAUCUUCAGCUCGAGGCCGGCGCCCGUUCUAUGACGGAGGGCGCCUUGUCUAUGAAUGGGAGCAAUCGCUGGACGAAGUGCAUUUGUACUUGAAGCCGCCUGAGGGCGCAAGGGCGAGAGACUUGGACAUCAAGAUAACACCUACGACGUUGAGCGUUGGCUUGAAAGGGAAACCUCCAUUGUUUUCGGCGCCCACGGAGUCAACUGUUAACGCGGAGUCAUCACUAUGGAUGAUAGAGGAUGGGGAGCUGCACAUUCUGCUUGUCAAGAUGAAGAAGGGCGAGGUCUGGAACGCUGCGCUCAAGGGACAUGGGGGCUGUCUUGACCCCUUCAGCCAGCAAGAAGUCCAGAAAAAACUGAUGCUUGAGCGGUUCCAGGAAGAAAAUCCUGGAUUCGACUUUUCUGGAGCGACCUUCAGCGGCAACGCACCCGACCCGCGAACAUUCAUGGGCGGGGUGUCGUACAAAUAA